AGGGAGGCGGGCCGCGCCGCGCCGGGCCGGGCCGGCGCUGCCUUCCGGGGCUCGGCGCGGGGGCGGCCGCAGCCGGCAGGAUGCGCUCCGCGGCGCCGCUGCUGCUGCUGCCGGCCUGGCUGCUGCUGCUGCUGCUGCCGGCCGCGCCCGGCAGCCGCGAGCCGCCGCCGCCGCCCGCCGGCAACGGGAGCCGCCUGCCCGCCGAGCCCGCCGGGGCGCCGGGCAACCACAGCGGCGCCCGCCUCAGCCCCGUGCCCGCGCUGCUCCGCGACCUCUCCGCGCUGAAGGCCGCCGUCAUCGGGGCCUGCGCCCUCACGGCCGCCCUCAUCGCCUGCCUCCUGCUCCGCGUCUUCAGGUCUGGCAAGAGGAUUAAGAAGACCAGGAAGUAUGACAUAAUCACAACUCCAGCCGAGCGGGUAGAAAUGGCUCCUCUGAAUGAAGAAGACGACGAGGAUGAAGACUCGACAGUGUUUGAUGUGAAAUACAGGUAAAGCAGUUCUGUGGCGCGUUGGUGCCCUGCAAGAUGUCAUUCUGCUGUCGAAGGACCUGCUGAAGCCAUGACUGUGAAAGGGAAGGCUUUCAUCUCUGCAGCGUUAAAACCAAAACAAGCCUCACCUCCUCCGAGGUGCUGUUUGUACAGCAGGUUGUGGAUCUUCUGACCAAAAUGUCACCAUUCAGUUCCCUGGUUUCCAAACUACUAUGUUAGAAUGACUAGAGUUCCUCCUUCCAGACUCAGCUCUCUUAAAGAGGUUGCAAUGUCACUAAAGCAUGAAGAGAUGCAGCCCUGUGUACUGACUUGCAGCUCAUUAUGAUCUAAAAAUGUUUUGUAGAAGGAGGAUGAAAAAGAAGAUUGAACAAAGCUGCCCCAGGGACUUAUUUUCUAAAAUUUUAAUUCAGUACUUCAGUCACUGUUAAACAGAUCAUAUGUUUAAAGAUCAGGUGUGUUUUUCUGGGCCUCACAGAAGUGACUUAUUGUCUAAAGUGAUAAUGUAAGCCAUGCUGAAAUGCCACAUUAUGUUUAGUGUAGGGCUUUUUGAUGGGGGUGGGGAGGUAAGAGGUUGACUCAUGAAAAUUUUCAUGACCUGCUACUGAUUUUUUUUUUUUUUUUUUUUUUUUAAACAAUUGCACUAAACUUUCAUGAUUACAUUCUCAUUGUCCCAAGGAGCUCUGAUCAGACCAACUUAAAUAAAUGAGACCACAGGGAAACAGGAAGAAUCAGGCAUGCUCUAAACUACAACAAUAUUGGAUUAAAGAAGAUAUAUUUUUGUAAUUUUCUGCCCUUCCACAGGGAGUAAAAUAGCAUUUUAUACCAUCCUGUGUCCUGUGCUUGCUGUAACUUAUCUACCAGUCAUCUAUAUUACCUAACACCAGAGUCCUCACGUGAAAUGGCUAGAUUGCAGAAAGACAACAUCGCUUAUUUUUCGUGCAAGUUUCAUGUAAAUAAGAUUAUCUGUAUCAAACUGGAAGUUUUUCCCUACUACCUGCCUGACCAAUCCCAUUUAACUCAAGGAUGUAUUUCUAACCCUUACUCUGUGCUAUGCUUCAUGCUGCAGAGGUCAGAGCAGCGGGACGGCACUCCAGGAAUUAGAUUACCACCAUCUGGAUGGAUUGCACAAAGGAGACCACAAGCUCACAUACAUUCCAGGCCAUUGCUAGAAAGGGCAGAAGUAACUAGCUCAGUUCCUCUACUUUGUGGUUUUCCUAAAACGUAACCACAGGAGAGUUCUCCUUGACCCGUUUAUUUUCCAUUUCCUGCACCCUUUAAUACCUUUAUUUCCUUUGGGUUUUUAAGCUGGCUGGAACCUUGCUUUUCUUGGGGAUUGCGUGAUUUCUAAUUGUUUUAGGAUUGUCCCACCAUUUGCUUGAGCCUGUAGCAGCCUCUUGCAGUUCCAACCCCUCCAGGAGACUGCAGCGUAUCUGGCAAACCACCAUCCUUGCAGUGGGAGUUGCCUUUUUGGGAGGGAGGGGGGACGACUGAUAGGUUUGAGGCUUGCUGAGAACAUUAAACUGCUUUGUCAUGAUACCGUUACCUAUGCCAGUUCUGAGCAGUUCCCUUGGGUCCUGCAGGCAGUAAAAGGAGGUGAAGGGGAAUUUUCUAGCAGCCUUGUGCUUUCAGAGCCGCUUCCCCUAGCAUAGCUCGCUUUCCCUAACUGUGACUUGGCAAAGGCUCUGCAACCAGCCCACUCAGCCUGGGUGGAAAAAUCCCGCAGCAGACUGUUGCAUUAGUGUUAGUCAUCAAGGCAAUAUAAAAAUACUACAUUAUUUUCAUUCAUGGAGUGAAUUUAAGUCAUUCUGUAUUACUGUUACUAAGCAAUAUUUAACAUGUCAACUAAGAGGUAAGUGUUGGAGGAACCGGUUCCAGAGCCAAGCAGGCCAUGUUCUCGCUGGUAGGAAUCAUGGUGACCAGUAGCUUGAGUGAUGCUGCAGGUUGAGAUUUAAUUGGGGGAUUUCUUUUUCUCCCCACCAGUAAAACAUGUUACAGAUUUAGGCUAGAUGAUUCUGAGGGAAAUACAGUAUCUGUUCAGGAUUAGAGAGCUUUGAAGAGCAGAGAUCGAACUUCUUAGGCAGACUGAGUCUUUUUGAAGUAAAAGUGGCAAUUCUGAGAGGAAAGACAGGUUAAAAGCUUCUGUUUGCAUUUGCUGAAGGGGAGAUAGCACAAAGUGGCUGCCCUCUGAGCAAACACCAUGGCAGCAUGUUUGUGUCCAUGCUCAUGCCAAACGCGUUAAGCUGAGCAUCAGGCACUCUGGAAGAGCAGCGGAGAGUGAAUGAAAGUUUGUUUUCACAAAGGAGAGACAAACCCUAGUUACGUAGGAAAGAGAUGAGAUGUAAGAGUGUAUGAAGGGUACUUCUUUCCGAGAAGGAGUCAGCUCUUGAAGUUUGCAGGAGUUUUUCCACUGACUUUAGUAGAUCCAGCCAGGUCCCGUGCUGAGCUUGGCUGGCAAAAGGCCAUCUGCUCCACUUGCUUGUGGCUAAGAAUCGCACUGUUUCCAUAGCACAACUGACUCUCAAUAGCACGACUGACUCUCAGUAUUGGAUGGGGGCCAUGUUGAUUGAAGACAUUUGUUUUAAGAUGCUGAAGGUGCCCAACUGCCUCUGGAAGUCUUUGGCUCCUCUGGAAGGUCCCAAGCCAUGUGCCAUAAGCUAAUGAGUGCUUGGAGGGAAGUGGCAGCUGCUUGGUGGAAAACAAGACCCACCUCGCCAGUUGUUCACGGUCUUUAAAACGAACCUGAAUGCUUGGUUUGAUGCUCAGUUGCUGUUGCAAAUGUGAGGCAGUGUUUACCUCUCUACAGAAGUUGCUGUAUGUGAUUUAAAGUGUCUAGAUAAAUAUUCUAUAGCUAUAUUUAGUUAAGAUUUUAAGAGCACUUGAUGUGACUCAUCUAAUAGUAUAUAUAUGAAUAUUUUUUUAAUGGUAGGAAUUAGUUUAAAACAUAGUUUUAAUAAUUUGGAUCUUUGGGUUGAAAUAGGUCUAGGAGUCCAUUGGAAAAGAAAAAGCCAUUAACCACUACAUGAAUGUUUUACUUUAAUGUUCUGUGUAUCUUACACUGCAGAAUUAAUCCAAUUGUGACUGUAACAUGUCUUAGUAUUUGCUGCUGUUUUGUGUUGCAUAGUCAAGCUUGCUUUGUUCAAGAGUGUUUUUGAAGGCAUAUUUUGUUACAGAAAAUGAGAAACAUUAUUAUAGAUGUCUGCCUGUAGCUCAGCUCACUGCUUGCAAAAUCCACUAACUAGUAGCACAGUCAAACAGAGCAAGCAAAUUAGAGGCUGUCCUCUUUGUGCAUGCUGUGCCAUGAAGGAAGAACCCUGCACAGAACUGCUGCUUCUUUACUCAAACCACAGCCCUGUCAGUGGAGGUUUCAUUUGAGAAGUGAGAAGUUAGCAUGCCAUGCUUGCCAGUAGAAUUAAGUCAGAAGUGCACGGACAGCUUUGGUUUUGUUUUUCUUUUUUCCCCUGGCAGAUGUGGAGAUGACUGCAAACACUUGUCUAGAAGGCUAACUUGUACACAUGUCAAUGCUUAUCCUACACCCAAACUGACUUGUAGAAGUAUAACAAACACUAAUGCAUUUGAAUGAUUUGCUCAUAACUGUUUCCUCUAAUUCACUGUAUGUGGUAUAAUCUCUGCAGGGUUGUGGGCUAUGGUUUUCAUUAAUCGUUUUUCUUUUGUUAGAGGAGUUUUUGCAUGACUUAUCAGGACCCAUGCAUUUCAUUUUGUGAAAGUGCUUGAACUUUGUUUAAAGAAAUGUUUAAGAGAAUUUGUCAUUGUGACCAAAACUACUUUUUUAAGAAAAAUUGGUAAGACAAGUUUCAAUGAACAUCUCAUGUUUCAGUAGAAACUGCCAUCAUUAAACAUGUUCUUGAAAUUC